CACUGCUCUCUCUUCCGAGUAUUUUCCCACUGCUGCCGAAUCCGUGUUUUGUCUCGAUUGCCCAUUGUCUCACUCUUUCUCUCUCUCUCUCCCUCUGUGAUUCUAAUGGCCCUUAAUCUCUGACGGGUAAGUGAGUGUUUCUUCUCAUUAUUUGCAUUUAAUUACCAAGUCAAACGCUUUAAUCUCCAGGGCUUACUUUUUUUUUUUUGGUAAAAAUUUGAAUGCCAAAAAGUCAAAAUAUAGUUUCAGUGAUUGCGUGAACCCUAGAUCUUUUGUGAUGUAGUGGAAGAAACCCAAUUUACUGUUGUUUUUGUUUGUGGUGUUUUUGGUUUAGAUGGUCGGGGGUGGAUUUUUUUGAUGAUUUUGCAGUACCCAGUAAUUCUCAGCUAUAGUUUGUCAAUCCGUUUGUGAUGAAUUUCGUUUUGGAAGGAUAGUGGGAUUGGAUUUGGUUUAAUUUUGUUGUGGGGUUUAUUGGAGGAUUAGGGUUUGGUGUGUAUGGCGUCUACUCCAUUUGAGGUGGAGGAUCAGACGGACGAGGAUUUUUUUGAUAGAUUGGUUAAUGAUGAGAUUGACUGUACUGGAUCUGGGGCUAGUGCUGUGCAGAAUGAUGUAGUAGAUGAGGCAGAAGCGCUAUCUAAUCUAAGCAUUGCCGAAGUGGAUGCCACCGGAGUAGACUCUGGUGGCAAUAUUGGUAUUGGGGUUGAUGGUGAAAUGGGUCUGGAUGAUCUGGUUGUGUCUGCACCCUUGGAUGCCAGUGAGGACACUAUGUUUGGUAAAGAGAGCGAUUCAUUGACGUCUGGAAAUGCAAAUGAGUCUAACAGUGUAAUUGGCAGAGAGAGCAUUUCAUCACUACCUAGUAAUACAAAUGAGGGUAGUGAAGUGGGGAUAGGGGAGGAAGGUGCAUUGGAUAGUACAGUGGGUAAGAAUAGCUCGCCUUCAGGUAUGGGCAUGAAAUUGGUUCAAUGGAGUUCAUUUGGCUCGGAGAUGGAUGCUGGCAGUGGUGGAGUUGGUUCGUACUCAGAUUUCUUUAGUGAAAUGGAAGAUAACUCUGGAGGCCCAUUUACGAGUGUGGCGAAUAUGGGCAAGUCAGGUACAGAAUCUAAUGUUGUGGAUGAUGUUUUGGAAAACCCAGUUGCUGAUUUGGGGGCCUCGAGUUAUGGGCAACAUCAAGAAGGCCAAUACUAUGGGGUGGGUACGGGGCAGCAUGUAAAUAGUGAGGAUUUGAGUAACAGUCAUUAUUUGGAAAAUCUUUAUCCUGGGUGGAAGUAUGAUGCGAACACUGGGCAAUGGUAUCAGUUGGAGGGUAAUGAUGCAAAUGCAAACACAACCGCAAACAUUGAUACUAAUGCGAAUGCAAAUGCUCGUGCAAUGAGUGAUGAGGUUCUUUCAGACCAUGUGGUGGGUGCUUAUUAUCAGCAGCAAAUAGGUCAGGCACAGUCUGUUGUUGGAACUGUGGCUGAGGGCUAUACAGCUGGCAGUGUCUCUCACCAGAAUCAGCUAUCUCAAGGAACUAUGCAAUACCCAGCUCAUAUGGUGUUUGAUCCCCAGUAUCCUGGGUGGUACUAUGACACAAUCACUAAUGAAUGGAAAUUGUUGGAAUCUGAUAUUCCAACUUCAAAUCAGUUAAAAAGCGUAGAUAAUAAUCAGCAAUAUCUAAGCCAGAACGUUGAGAAUCAUGGGUCACAAAGUGUAGUUAGUCAAGAACAUGCUGCAAACUGGGAUGGUUCUGUGAGCACUUACAAUCAGCAAAGUGUGAAUAUGUGGCAAACUCAGAAUGUUUCCAAGAAUGAUGCAAUUGGAUUCAAUGGAAAUAAAAAAUUAGGGAACCAUUACAGUUCGGUCAGCCAUUUAACUGAUUCUGUGAAUCAACAAUCGAGGUUCAAUUCUGUUGGAUCACUUGUUCAAUACGAACAGUCAAAUCAGAGUGUUGAUGGUAGCAAUAAAGUUUUGGGGUUUCAAAGCUUUAUUCCUAAUGACCAUUUUCCCCAGCAUCAAAGUCAGGCCAAGAAGGAGCUAAAUCAACUUAUGCAUUUCAUACCUGCUCACUUGGAUAGUCAGAAACCAGUAAUUUUUUCACAACAGCCGCUCCAGAGUGGGACGCAGUUCUCUUAUGCACCCAGUGAGGAGAGGUCAUCUGCAGGACGACCUCCACAUGCUCUAGUUACUUUUGGAUUUGGUGGAAAACUUGUAGUCAUGAAAGAUAAUAGUUCCUUUAGCACAAACUCCUAUGGGAGCCAGGACUCGGUAGGAGGUGCGAUUAACGUUCUCAACUUGAUGGAAGUUGUCAUGGACGAAAAUGAUUCUUCAAGCUUUGGAUGGGGUGUCCGUGAUUAUUUCCAUGCAUUGUGCCAGCAAUCUUUUCCUGGUCCUUUGGUUGGUGGCAAUGUUGGAAAUAGGGAGUUAAACAAAUGGAUUGAUGAAAAGAUUGCUAACUUCGAAUCUCCACACACAGAUUACAGGAAUGCCGAAGUUUUAAGCUUGCUUUUUUCUUUGCUGAAAAUAGUGUGCCAAUAUUAUGGAAAAAUUCGAUCACCCUUUGGCACUGACCAAGCAUUGAUGGAAAGUGAUUGUCCUGAGUCGGCUGUUGCUAAGCUCUUUGCUUCUGCCAAAAGAAAAAGCGAGUAUGGUGCACUUGCAUGGUGCUUGCAGAACUUGCCUUCUGAAGCACAGAUUCAGGCUACUGCUCUUGAGGUACAGAGUCUUCUUGUCUCUGGUAGGAAGAAAGAGGCUUUGCAAUGUGCACAGGAAGGCCAAUUGUGGGGACCAGCACUUGUUCUUGCAUCUCAGCUUGGUGAUCAGUUUUAUGGUGAUACUGUGAAGAAAAUGGCACUUAACCAGUUCAUAGCUGGAUCGCCAUUGCGGACUUUGUGCCUGCUUACUGCUGGGCAGCCUGCAGAUGUGUUUUCUAGUGCCACUACUGGUAGCAGCUUACCUGGUUCUGUGGAUACGUAUCAACAGCCAGCCAAGAUUGGGGCUAACCGCAUGCUAGAUGAAUGGGAAGAGAAUUUAGCCAUCAUAACUGCAAACAGAACGAAAGAUGAUGAGCUUGUCAUCAUUUAUCUUGGAGAUUGCCUAUGGAAGGAGCACGGGGAGAUUACUGCUGCACACAUAUGUUAUUUAGUAGCAGAAGCCAAUUUUGAACCAUAUUCAGAUGGUGCAAGACUUUGUCUUAUUGGUGCAAAUCAUUGGAAAUUUCCACGUACAUAUGCUAGUCCUGAGGCUAUUCAGAGGACAGAAUUAUAUGAGUACUCGAAGGUGCUCGGUAAUUCUCAAUUUCUCCUCCUACCUUUCCAGCCAUAUAAGCUUAUAUAUGCCUACAUGCUUGCUGAAGUUGGAAAAGUUGCAGAUGCUCUGAAGUACUGCCAAGCGAUUUUGAAGUCUCUAAAGACUGGUAGAGUACCAGAAGUGGAUAUGACCAGACAAUUAGCAUCUUCUCUUGAGGAGCGGAUUAGAACCCACCAGCAGGGUGGUUAUGGCACAAAUUUGGCUCCAACCAAACUGGUUGGUAAAUUGCUUACCUUCUUUGAUAGUACUGCUCAUCGUGUUGUUGGGGGCCUACCUCCACCUGUACCUUCAACAUCCAAUAACAGUGCUCAACAUAAUGAACAUGCUCAUCAACCAGGAGCCCUGAAAGUAUCUAACAGUCAAUCAACAAUGGGAAUGUCUUCAUUAAUGCCUUCAGUUUCGAUGGAACCCAUAAGUGAAUGGACUGGUGAGAACAAAAUGCCUAACAGAAGCAUCUCAGAGCCAGACUUUGGGAGAGCACUUAGAAAGGCUGAUUCAUCCAAGGAAACAAACUCUUCUGGUAUGCAACAGAAGGCAUCGUCAUCAGGUGGGUCAUCUCGUUUUGGUCGUUUUGGCUCACAGCUAUUCCAAAAGACGGUGGGAUUGGUCUUAAGAUCCCGACCAGACCGACAGGCUAAAUUGGGUGAGACAAAUAGAUUCUAUUAUGAUGAAAAGCUUAAGCGAUGGGUUGAGGAAGGUGCUGAACCUCCAGCUGAGGAGCCUGUGUUACUACCUCCACCAACAACUGCAUCUUUUCAGAAUGGAAUGCAAGAUUACAACAUGAAAGAUGCACAAAAAACGGGAGUUUUUCACUCAGAUAAUGGGCAAGAAACUAAAAGCCCACUCUCUUCUGAACGGAAUUCUGGGAUCCCACCCAUUCCACCUAGUUCAAACCAGUUCUCUGCACGUGGGCGGAUAGGUGUUCACUCAAGGUAUGUUGACACAUUCAACAAGGGUGGUGGGAGUCCAUCAAACUUGUUUCCGUCACCAGCUAUUGCAGCAGUUAAACCUAGGGGUGGUUCCAAUCCCAACUUUUUCAUCCCCUCUCCAGUCGUUGCUGUUGAACAGACGGUUCAAAACCCAGGAGAAAGCAUUCUAGAGACUACUGUGAGCAAUGACAACCCCCCUUUAUAUAAGGAGGAUUCAUUCUCUUCGCAAAGAUCAUCAACUUCAUCAUCAAUGAGUCUGCAGCGUUUUCCUAGCGUUGAUAACAUCGUACAAAAGAGAACAGGACCAAUGGCUAAUGGCAAUAGCUUAGCUCCCCCUCCCUCCCGGCGUGUGGCAUCGUGGAGUGGAAGCCUUAGUGAUCCUUCAAUGAUGACUGCAGCAAAACCUCUAGGAGGAGAAGUGCUCAGGGUGUCGCCGUCUUUGUAUAGGCCUGAUGAUCCUUCGCCAAAUCGUAAUAGUUCUAGGGAUGAUCUUCAUGAAGUUGAACUUUGAGGUUUAGUGAAUAGUUGUCAAAAGAGCUCACUUGUCACCUCAUCUUGCUGUAAGGCUUGGAGACGGAGGAUGACAGUUAUGGGGGAAUUCAGAUUUUCAGUGAAAUCCCUUAUUUACAUUGGAAAAUGUUAUACAUCUUAGAUCAACAUAUGGUGUUCAAUGUUCCUGCU